AUGAAGAUUAUAUAUUUAUUCAUUGGGGACCAUUUCAUGAUUCGUCUUCAAUGAGUUUGUCUCCUUGAAGCAAUGCACACUCAGAAUAUAUCUUUAAUGAUUUAUUAAAUUGAGUCUUAUCGUAUUUGUUUUCCCAUUCAUCUACAUCUACUUUCUGGAUACACAACCUCAAGGGACCAAAAGUACAUUUAAAAUAUGUUGGAUAAAGGCUUCUGCUUGGUUCCUUGGCCAUUGGCAUCAAUCAACAAGUUGGAUUUUGCCCGCGUCUAAUGGAGAAUGUACAAGAGUUGCUUCUUGCUCCAGUAUUGAUGGCAAGCAGCAAUUAUUUUCAUAGUAUGUGCUAGACAGCCAAGUGAUGAAAUCUUCAUUCUACACUAGGUGUGUGCAUGCAUGUAUUAUUACUAUUACAUGACUGAAAGCAAAUACCACGUCACAGUCAUAAGCUAGGCAGAGGGCUCCCCUGUUCAAAUAUACUAGCUUCUAUCCCACAAUUCCUUGGCUAUUAUCGUCGGACUGCUCGCCUGAAAGACAAGACGACUGAAACACACUCUGAUACGUAUACACACACACACACUCACUCCAUACGCAUACAUACAUUCUAAAGAUGGCCGCCAUAUUUCAGCUUGCAUCGACACGACGCUGCCUUACGACCGACACUUGCUGCUAAAGAAAUACACCAACUUGAGCCGAAAUUUUCAAUCAACAUUACUUCCAGCAUCCCUAUCUAGCUGAUCGACUCACUUUUAGACCAUUUCCAGAAACUAAUCAAUUGAUGGACAUAUGAACUCCUUCAAAUCAGGUUUAAUAACUACUUCAGCACUUCCAGCCUCUGACUAUGAAAGAGAUGCUGGUUACCAGCAGUACAUUCCACCCCAGCACAACAACAUUAAAGUAGAAAUGGGCUCCAAUAAGUCAGAAGAAGAAGAAAGCAGUGCUUCGGAUUCAGGCUCUGGAAAUUCCAGUGGCUCUGAUUCUGAAUCGGAAUCUAACUCUGGCAGCAGCUCUGACUCUGAUUCCAGUUCAGCAGGCAGCAAGAACUCAGAAAACGAAACCAAAAACCACGAUGCCUCAACUGGCACUGCACGUUCUGAUUCUGAGAAAUCUGCCAAGUCUGAUGACGAUGGCAAUGCUGAUGAUGGGGAUGAUGAUGAUGACAAUGGUGAUGAUGAAGAUGACGACAAUGAUAACAAAAGUAAUAACAAUGAUGAAGAUGACGAUGACGACGACGAUGAUGAUGAGAAACAUGAUGAAAAUGACGAGGAAGAAGAAACAUCUGCUACCGCAGCUGCUACUGGAGUAGAGCAAAUGGAAGAAGAUGAAGACGACGAUGACGAAGAUGAUGACAACGAUGGUGGUGGGGAUGCUGAUGAUGAUGAUAACAAUGAUGAUGAGGAAGAUGAGAAAAUAGAUGUUGAUAAUGAUGGCAAUGAUGAAGAUGAAGAAGAAGACGAGGAGAAUGACGAUGAAGAUAACAAAGCAGAAGCUGAGUCCGAUGAGAAGGACAACAGUGGUGAUGAGAGUGACGAGCAGAGCAAUGACAACAGCAGCGAGGAGGACAACAGCGAUGACAACAGUUCAAAUUCUGACUCCUACUCUCAUGAUACCAGCAGUUCUCCACAGCAAACUGCCCGGACAAAACGCAGCUCCAAGAAGGAAUUGAAAGAUCUGUGGGAAAAAACUCCUGAUUUAUAUGGCAUUAGAAGAUCAGGCAGAGCACGCAAAGAACCUACAAGAUAUACACAGACACGGAACACUGACAGUGAUGAAGGAAGCAGCGAUAACAAGCGGAGGAAAAAACGUGCACGGCGCAAAGAGUCUGAAGAUUGGCAAGGUAGUGAUGAUGACGAUGAUGAUGAUGACGAUGACGAUGAUGAUGACAUUCGUAAAAAAAAUAAGAAAGAAAAAGAUAGCGAUGAUGAUGAUAGCAGCUAUAGUGAUGAUUUCAAACCGCCCGCUCGUCGUUCACAAAGCAAAAAAAGUAGUCGCUCAACAACUAAAAGAAAAGUUGCUGCCAAAAGAUCUCGGAAGAAGAAAAGCUACUCUUCAGAUUCAGAUAGUGAUGAUGAAGCAGAACAACGCCAUUCUAGAAGAAACAUUAGGAAGAAAGUCAGCUACAAAGAAGAGGAAUCUGAGAACCAGACCGAUUCAGAUGACCUUUUAGAAGUCACUGCCGCAGCCCAGGCUGCUGAUGAGGAAGACGACAACCAUGAAACGAUUGAGAAAGUGAUACGGCAACGUGCAGGCCGCAAGGGAGUUGGUUGUGGCGUGCCGCUGAUUGAAUUGCAGUCUACGACCACUCUAGAGGCCAACUCAGCUGUCGGCAGUAAGACUACAGUCUACAAUGUGGAACAAGAAGGAGACCCCAAUGCGGAUGUCAAUCCAACCACAGAUGAGACUGAAAUACAAUACCUCAUUAAAUGGAAGGGCUGGGCACAUAUCCACAACACCUGGGAAAUGGAAGCUUCAUUAAGAGAACAGAAGGUCAAUGGUCUGAAAAAACUGGAGAAUUUCAAGAGAAAAGAGGAGGAGAUAUUGGAAUGGCGUGAAACUGCCACCCCAGAAGAUUUAGAAUACUACGAUUGCCAACAGGAAAUGAUCACAGAACUCUAUCAGCAGUACUCGAAAAUAGAAAGGAUUAUAGCCCACAGCAACCAGAAAACGAACAAUGUUGACAAUGGUUAUCCUGACUAUUUGUGCAAAUGGCAAGGUUUAGCCCAUGCUGAUUGUACUUGGGAAGAUGGAGAGCUGAUCAGUAACAAAUUUAAGAAAUUUGUUGACGAAUACCACAUGAGAAAUAAAUCCCAGAAAAUUCCAUUAAAACAGAAUAAGGUUUUGAAAUGCCGUCCAAAAUUCCAGCCUGCCAAGCACCAGUCUAAAUAUUUGGGGGGUGCUGAGAACCUGAUUCUUCGAGAUUACCAGUUGGAUGGUAUCAACUGGUUGACACAUGCCUGGUGCAAAGAGAAUUCUUGCAUUUUGGCUGAUGAAAUGGGUCUUGGGAAAACUAUUCAAACCAUUGGAUUCCUCUCCACACUCUUCAACACUUUUCAGUUGUAUGGACCUUUUUUACUUGUCGUGCCCUUGUCUACAAUUGUGGCAUGGCAAAGAGAAUUCAGAAACUGGGCUCCUGAAAUUAAUGUAGUGAUCUACAUCGGUGAUAUUAACAGCAGAAAUAAGAUUCGAGAAUAUGAAUGGUGUCACCCUGGUAAUAAACGAUUAAAGUUCAAUGUUAUCCUCACCACAUAUGAAAUCUUAUUGAAAGAUAAGUCUUUUCUUGGCAAUGUCGGUUGGGCUUUUCUUGGUGUAGAUGAAGCUCAUCGUUUAAAAAAUGAUGAUUCACUGCUGUAUAAAUCUUUAAAAGAAUUUGAUACUAACCACAGACUGUUGAUCACUGGGACACCAUUGCAGAACUCUUUGAAAGAGUUAUGGUCCUUAUUGCAUUUCAUUAUGCCUGAAAAAUUUGCUAAAUGGCAAGAAUUUGAAGACCGACAUUCCAGUGAAGAUAAAACUGGCUUCUCAAGUUUGCAUAAAGAAUUAGAACCAUUUUUAUUAAGAAGAGUGAAAAAGGACGUAGAGAAGUCUCUACCAGCGAAGGUAGAACGAAUUCUCAGAGUUGAAAUGUCUUCUAUUCAGAAACAAUAUUAUAAGUGGAUUUUGACGAAAAAUUACAAGGCACUGAGUAAAGGAGUGAAAGGCAGUGUGAGUAGCUUUGUGAACAUAGUGAUGGAGUUGAAGAAGUGUUGCAAUCAUGCACAACUGAUUCGUACUGAGGAAAACUUUAAGUUCAAUAAGCUACAGCUGUUAAUAAGAGGCAGUGGCAAACUGUUAUUGUUGGAUAAACUGUUGGUGAAGUUGAAAGAAAAUGGUCACCGAGUAUUAAUCUUCUCUCAGAUGGUGCGCAUGUUGGAUAUUCUUGCAGAGUAUCUUAUGCUCAAGCAUUUCCCAUUUCAAAGACUAGAUGGGUCCAUACGUGGAGAUCUUCGUAAACAAGCCCUCGAUCAUUUCAAUGCUGAAGGUUCUACCGAUUUCUGCUUCCUUUUGUCUACUCGGGCUGGUGGCCUCGGUGUAAAUUUGGCUACUGCAGACACUGUCAUUAUAUUCGACAGUGAUUGGAACCCUCAGAAUGACUUACAAGCACAAGCACGUGCCCACAGGAUUGGGCAAAAAAAUCAGGUGAGUGUCUACCGAUUAGUGACGAAAGGCAGUGUUGAAGAAAACAUUGUGGAACGAGCGAAGAAGAAAAUGGUGUUGGAUCACUUAAUCAUUCAAAGCAUGGACACAACAGGCCGUACUGUGUUGAGCCGAGGAAAUGUGCCCUCAAGUAAUAAUACUCCGUUUAAUAAAGAGGAAUUGGCUGCCAUUCUGAAAUUUGGUGCUGAAGAUCUCUUUGGUGAAGAUGAAGAAGAGGAAGAUGAACCUCAAGUCGACAUUGAUCACAUUCUCCAGAGUGCUGAAACGAGAGAUACUGAUACCUCAAGUGCCGGUGAUGAACUUCUUUCACAGUUCAAAGUUGUAAGCUUUGAUAAUUUGGAAGAAGAUGAACCAAUAAAACCAGCUAUUGGUAGAGACUGGGAGUCUAUUAUACCUGAAGAUGACCGACAAAGGGUUGAAGAGGAGGAGACGAAAAAGCAUAUGUUAGAGCUCAAUUUACCUCCUCGAAUCAGAAAAUCUAUACAUCAGAUUCAAAUGGAUUCUGAUGAAGAAAAGAAAGGACGGAAGAAAGAGAAAGAUAGAGAUGACUCUGAAAGUUCUGAAGAAGAUGAUGAUGACAAACCUCGUAAAAGGGGUCGACCAAGAACUGUGAACAGGGAUACUAUCAAGGGUUUCACUGAUGCUGAAGUUCGUAGAUUUGUCAAAAGUUACAAGAAGAUUCCCGAUGCUAUUAACAGACUGGACGCUAUAUCUCGAGAUGCUGAAUUACAAGAAAAAUCUGAAACUGAUUUGAAACGGCUUGCUGAGUUACUAAAAGGACGAUGUGAAAAUGCUAUGACUGAACACAAGGAAAGAUUGGAAGAGGAUCCGAAUUAUGAAGCUGGAAAACGGACACAUCGAGGUCCUUCCUUCAAAUUGUCUGCAGUCACAGUUAAUGCCCAAGCAGUUUUAAAAAUACAACAAGAGUUGGAACCUUUGUCUUCAUGUCUGAAAAUAAAAGAUGGGAAAAAGACUUAUGAAAUAAAUGGUCGUGUGAAAUUAGUUCACUGGGACUGUGUGUGGGAAAUCGAAGAUGACAUAAAUCUACUUGUUGGCAUUUAUGAAUAUGGUGUUGGAAGUUGGGAAGAUAUCAAAAUGGAUCCAGAGCUUAAUUUACGUGAUAAGAUUUUACCUGAUUCUGACCAAAAGCCUCAAGGUAAACACCUGCAAACAAGAGCUGAUUAUCUUUUAAAACUUCUGAAGAAGCAAAAUGAAGUGAUACCUGCUCCCAUUAGUCUGGCGCCCAAGGUCAAAAAGCAGAGGAAAAAGAAACCAAAGUCUGCCGAAAUUGUUGCUGAAAUCAAUGAAACUGGUGACAUGAGUGCCAAAGAAGAGACCAAUGACAGUUUCCCUGAGAGUGUGAAGAGUGGUAAGAAGAAAAAGAAGGACGAGAAGGAAGAAAAGGCUGAAGAGAAGCCAGAAGAGGAGAAGAAGGAAGAUAAAAAAGAGAAGAAAGAAAAAAAGAAAAAAGAAAAAAAAAAGAACAAUGAUGGACCUAUGCAUUUUACUGCAUCUUCUGAGCCUGUUGCCAUAUCCAAAGAUAACAUGGACGUUGACUUACCCCCUGAUGUGUUUGCUGAGUGCAAGGAGAAGAUGCGACCAGUGAAGAAAUCUCUGAAGCAGCUGAGCAACCCAGACGAAAGUCUAUCUGAAAAAGAGCUCAUGAAUCAGACCCGUCAGUGCCUCCUCAAGAUUGGUGACCAUAUCCAUGACCGCCUUGCAGGAUACAAUAAUCCAGAGAGAAUUAAAGAAUGGCGCAAUUAUCUGUGGAUAUUCGUAUCGGAGUUUGCGGAAGCUUCUCCGAAAAAGCUGUAUAAACUGUAUCGCACUGCUGUAAAGAAAAGAGAAGAGGAACAAGAACAAAAAGAGAAGAAACCCAAGUUUCCAGAAAACAAGCAAUUAUCUAACUACAAAAUUGCAAAACGGCCACAUGUUCAAAACGAGCGGAAAGAUGGUAGCAAACGGGCCCAUGGUUCUGAUCACUGGGGUGACAAAAGCCGAGACAGCACAUCCUCUCACAGCAAUGGUCCAUGGCAUAGUUCUUCCAAUUCUAAUAUAAACCAUCCAACAUCAUUCCGUAAUUUAUUAGGUAAUUCUGGAAGAGAAUCGAAUCGUCAUGAUUCUCUUCAAUCCAACAUGAAUCCACACCCAGAAAGAUGGCAGCAUUCUAGUCCUUUAUCGAGGACUGGGGAUCAGAAAAGAAACAGGUAUGACAGUGGCUCAAGUACUUACAACAGAGUGUCACAUUCUCAGCCCGACAUGUAUCGAGGAUACCAUGGGGGUGACCACCACCACAGAUUCAACCAUGAUCGGCGAGACCGUGACCACGCACCAUUCCAGGGCAGUAAUUCGGGCUACAGUUCCCACAACAGAUUUGACUCUCACAAUCGGAGUGGAGAUUUCAGGUACCACCACAGGUCCGACUUCAAACAUCACCAUUUGGGAAGCUCUGAUCGCAGUGAUAAAAGCCACAUGCCAUAUCAAGACAGGAAACGGCGAAGUGAUGAUCGUAAAGACUACCACUCCAGCAAAGAGAGAAAACUAGAUAUGCCUCCUCGUUCACAGACAAUGUCACAGGAUUCCAAACCACAUAAUUGAAGCCUUCGAUUCAGCAUUUCUUGUAAAAUAUAUUUCCGUUGCUUUUCCUAAGGAAUUAAUAACAGGCAAUAUAAGACUUCAGUUCAGAGGCACUGACCUGGAUGAAUCCUUUCAUCUCAAAUAAGGGGGGGGGGAAAAAGAAAAGAAAAAGCAAAACAAGACAAAAACACUGGUCAUUUACACA